UUUAACUCAAAGUCGUCAAGAGUUUUAGCUCUUGGUGCUUCGAAGCGUGACAUAUAAUCAAGAUCUACAGCGCCGAAAGGUCUGAUUAAUAGUUACAAAUUAUGAUAAGAUGACAACUUAGCAACAGUAUGAUUAAGUUACUGCAACCUCACAGCACGAUGACUGGAUUUUGCAUUGAUGUUUGGCUAAUUUUGUUUGCUGUAUCUGUAAGAGUAAUAGAGGUGAAAAUGGAGACGACACUUAAACGGGGCUUAUACAGUCGAGUUGAGCUCACUGGAGAAACACUUGAUCAACAAACUGCUGAUUCUCUGAUCUCGGUGGAAUGGACUAAAACAAACAAAUCAUCAAGAUGUGCAUGUUUUAGAAAAUAUAACAAUAAUGACACACACUACAGUCAAUGCUGUGGAAAAGCUCAUUUCUAUAUAAGCAACAACAGCCUCAUUCUGGAGAACGUGACAAAACAAGAUGAAGGACUCUACAUGGAAACUAUAGCUUUAAAAGAUAAACCCACAAAGCACCAAAACUUUACAUUAAUCAUUGAUUACCCACCGAACACAACAGAAAUCCAGGUCUCAUGGAGCUCCAGCACAUCCAUGACUCUCACAUGUAACGUGAGCGGCUCAUUUUUGCAUCUGAUGUGGAAGAGAGAAGGAGUCUCAAUUCUAGAGGACGAAAGACACUCAUUCAGUGACAGAAACCAAACUCUACACAUCAGCAACAUCAGCAGCUCAGAUUACAGCACAUACAGCUGCAUCGUGUCCAACGAGUAUGGACAAUCUGAAAUGCAUAAAGACUUCACCAGUGAGAACUCCACUAUAAACCAAGGAAAUACUCCUAGUGGUAAAAGACAAAUGGUUCAGAUUGUGUUUACUAGUGGACUUGUGUUUUUUGGUGUUUUGGGACUGUGCGUCAUCUUCUACUGCCUUCACAAACAUCAACACAGGCAAAGAGGACAAAAUGACAGAACUACUACAGAUGAAGGUAAAACCAAUAAAUCUUCACACAUCUUGUAGAGCCAGUUAUGCUUCAUUCAUUUGUGAUGAUA